ACUCGUCAACGUAAAACCACCAAAAUCCCCUAGCUUGCUACGUGUUUAUGCAAACGUCAAUUUUCACUUGUCUCAAUGUGGAGGUGUAAUUAAAGUAAAUAUUUUUUGAAUAAAACUGUGCCGCCUAAUAAUAACUGCUUUUAUGGGUUUAAACAACUGUUUUGUGUGAAGUGGACAUAACCCUAAAGACACGUCAGCUACACAUAUUUGCGAAUUUUUUAAAAUGUUGACGAAAUUUGAGACGAAAUCGGCCCGUGUGAAGGGGCUGUCGUUCCAUCCGAAGCGUCCGUGGAUUCUAGCCAGCUUGCAUAAUGGAUCCAUUCAACUUUGGGACUAUCGCAUGUGCACUCUGCUCGAAAAGUUUGACGAACACGAUGGUCCAGUCAGAGGCAUUUGUUUCCACAACCAGCAACCCUUGUUCGUCUCAGGGGGUGACGACUAUAAAAUUAAAGUCUGGAACUACAAACAAAAACGUUGCAUUUUCACUUUGUUGGGUCAUCUCGAUUACAUUCGUACUACCAUGUUCCACCAUGAGUACCCUUGGAUCGUGUCAGCCUCUGACGAUCAAACUAUCCGCAUCUGGAACUGGCAAAGUCGUACCUGCAUUUGCGUUCUGACAGGUCACAACCAUUACGUAAUGUGUGCGAUGUUUCACCCGUCGGAGGACCUAUUGGUGUCUGCGUCACUCGAUUCCACGGUCCGAGUCUGGGACAUCUCCGGCUUACGCAAGAAAAACGUCGCCCCGGGUCCCGGAGGGUUAGAAGAGCAUUUGAAAAAUCCCGGUACUACCGACCUGUUCGGGCAAGCCGACGCCGUCGUGAAACAUGUUCUUGAAGGCCACGAUCGUGGGGUAAACUGGGCUUGUUUCCACCCCACUUUACCUUUGAUCGUGUCGGGUGCCGAUGAUCGACAAAUCAAACUGUGGCGCAUGAACGAUUCCAAAGCAUGGGAAGUGGAUACCUGCCGCGGACACUACAACAACGUUUCGUGCGUUCUGUUCCACCCUCGCCAGGAACUACUCCUUUCCAACAGCGAAGACAAAAGUAUCCGGAUAUGGGACAUGGCGAAGCGCAAUUACUUGCACACUUUCCGCAGAGAACACGACCGUUUUUGGGUUUUGACCGCGCACCCGAAUUUGAAUUUGUUUGCCGCCGGACACGACACAGGCAUGAUAAUAUUCAAAUUAGAGCGCGAACGGCCUGCGUACACCGUCCAUGGUAACUUCUUGUACUACGUCAAGGACCGCCAUUUACGGAAACUCGACUUUACGACUUCGAAGGAUAUCCCGGUUAUCCAGAUUAGAGGCGGAGGGAAGACCCCCGUUUUUAGAAUGUCGUUCAAUCCUGCCGAAAAUGCAGUUUUGUUGUCGAUUCGGUCCUCGAAUGUGGACAACAGCACGUACGAUUUGUACACCAUAGCUAAGGAAUCGGAGCGGGAGGACCAGGUUCCCGAAGCCGAAAGCAAAAGGUCUUCGGGUUUGACCGCAUUGUGGGUCGCCCGGAAUAGGUUUGCGGUAUUGGAUAGGUCGCAUCAACUCGUCAUCAAAAAUUUGAAGAACGAAGUGACCAAGAAGGUCCAGACACCACCUUGCGAUGAGGUGUUCUACGCCGGGACUGGGAUGCUGUUGCUACGGGACCCGGAACAUGUGACGUUGUUCGACGUUCAACGUAAACGGACGCUGGAUCAGGUCAAAAUAAACAAAUGCCGGUACGUCGUGUGGUCCCAGGACAUGAAUUUCAUAGCUUUGUUAGCUAAGCACUCUGUCACAGUUUGUAACAGAAAAUUGGAAGUGUUGUGUUCUCUUCACGAGAAUACAAGAGUCAAAUCGGGAGCUUGGGAUGAUUCUGGAGUUUUCAUUUAUACCACCAGUAAUCACAUCAAGUAUACUUUGAUUCACGGCGAUCAUGGCAUAAUUCGCACUCUUGAUUUGCCAAUUUACAUCACAAGGGUCAAGGGAAAGCACGUCUUUUGUCUAGACAGGGAGUGUAAGCCUCGGGUCCUGACCAUCGACCCUACCGAAUACAAAUUCAAGUUAUCCCUGAUCCACCACCGUUACGACGAAGUCCUAUACAUGGUUAAGAACUCCAGACUUGUAGGUCAAGCUAUCAUUUCUUACUUGCAGCAGAAAGGUUACCCAGAAGUAGCACUACACUUCGUCAAGGAUGACAAGACUCGUUUUACUUUGGCUUUGGAGUGUGGUAACAUCGAAAUAGCGCUAGAUGCAGCCAAAGCUUUGAACGACAAAAUGUGCUGGGAACAGUUAGCCCAAACUGCUUUGUGGCACGGCAACCACCAAGUAGUCGAAAUGUGCUACCAACGCACCAAGAGCUUCGAAAAACUGUCGUUCCUAUACCUAAUCACCGGAAACCUAGACAAGCUACGAAAGAUGACCAAAAUCGCUGAAAUCCGAAAAGCUAGAUCUUCGCAGUACCACGGCGCGUUGCUCCUUGGUGACGUCCAAGAACGCAUACGAGUACUGAAAGCCUCAAACCUAACGUCGCUUGCGUACUUGACCGCGGCGACUCACGGCUACGAGGAAGAAGCAGAAGAACUGAAGGGUUUAAUCGGCAACGAGAAGAAGGUCCCUGAUGUUGAUCCCAACGCCAAAUUCUUCAUCCCUCCGCCUCCAAUCCAGCAAGCCGAAAGCAACUGGCCUUUGCUCACGGUGAGCCGCAGCUUCUUCGAAACCAACGCUAUGGUUCAAGCCGCUUCUAAGAGCUUGAUGGUGGAACCAAUCGCCGAACCUUUGGACGAAGACGUCGCGGGUUGGGGCGACGACGACGAAGAGCUUGACGUGGAUACUGAGAGAAAGUACGAUGAUGCGGCACCUGCGGAUAGCGAAGGUGGAUGGGAUGUGGAGGAUGCGGAUUUGGAGAUCCCCGAUUUGGGGACGUCGCAGCCGCAACAGUCAGCUGACAACUUCGUGCACUUGCCGACGCAAGGACCCAACGCGACUUUGACGUGGACGAAGAACUCGCAACUCGCCGCUGACCACAUAAUGGCGGGUUCCUUCGAGUCUGCGUGCAGGUUGUUGCACGACCAACUCGGUAUAGUGAAUUUCGAGCCCUACGAGAGCGCAUUCAUUGGUUUAUAUGGCGGGUCGAGGACCAUCACGACUUGGCAAGCUAACGUACCGUCGAACUUUACUUAUCCGUUGCGGAAUUGGAAGGACGCCGGACCCAAAGGAGGACUGCCUGUAGCAGGGAUCAAGCAAAACGAUUUGGUUCAAAAACUACAGGUUUGCUAUCAGUUGACGACGGGUGGCAAAUUCAGUGAAGCGAUCGAAAAGUUCCGCGGGCUACUUCUUCAAAUUUCGCUUUUGGUGGUAGACAACAAGCAGGAGAUUUCGGAAGCCGAGCAGUUGUUGAGAUUGUGUAGGGAAUACAUUUGUGGGCUUCAAAUGGAAACUCUGCGCAAGAGUUUACCGAAAACGUCCCUAGAAGAACAGAAGCGUCAAUGUGAGAUGGCGGCUUAUUUCACCCAUUGUAAUUUGCAGUCGGUCCAUCAGAUAUUGACGCUACGUACUGCUUUGAACAUGUUUUUCAAACUAAAGAACUAUAAAACUGCCGCUUCUUUUGCAAGGAGGUUGUUGGAAUUAGGUCCCAGACAGGAUGUGGCGUCCCAAGCGAGGAAGAUCUUACAGGCUUGCGAUUCUAAUCUUUCAGAUGAAUUGCAGUUGCACUAUGACGAACAUAACCCCUUUAAUUUGUGUGGUUAUUCCUAUACUCCUAUUUAUAGAGGUAAACCGGAGGAAAAGUGUCCGUUCUGUGGUACUUCGUAUCUUCCGAAAUAUAAGGGAUGCGUCUGCAGUGUUUGCACGGUGGCAGAAAUUGGCAAAGAUAGUAUUGGACUGCGUAUUAGUGUUCAUCAGUUUAGAUAAAUGUUACUCCACUUAAUAAUAUAUUACAAUGUGAUUAAAAUAAACGUUAUUUAAGGUGUAA